GUCUCUGCCUUGAGUGGUAGCCCCGAAAUAAUGACUCAAGCCUUAAGAACUUUGGAACUCUGCGUCGACAACCUUGAACCCGCUUUCUUUUAUGCCCAGUUUCGACCAGUAGUUGCAGAUCUGAUACAAAGCUUGUGGCGAAUUAUACGAGAUCCUUCGGAACAGACAGCUCAGGUGGCUUUUAGAAUACUUGGGAAGCUGGCAGGAGAAAAUAGGAAAGUCUUGAUAGACCCACAAAAGAUAGAAUACACUGAGGAGGCAACAAAAGUUCCAGCGAUCAUCACCACCUUUGAAAAGUAUUCAAGACCGAUUGGUUUCUCUGUUGAUAAAGUAGUCGCGGGCGCCUACACGAUUCUGAAUUCCUCUGCCGAUGUCUUCUACAAAAAGCAGGCUUCGGAUAUCAUAAACUCUUAUUUAGCAGCCUCCAUUACGAUUAAUGAUGAUUCACAGACAUUACUUGGCUUCUUCAAUCACGCAAGUUUUAAAGAAGCGGAAAUAAUUCGUCAGCAGGGUCCUUUUUGUAUAAACGAAGUCUGUGUUGCUAGAAAUGUUCACAAAACAGCACUCAGUGGACUAUUUCUCGCCGUGCUUAAUGCAGAAUUGAAGACCUCAGUGCUUGGAAAUUUAAUUUUCUACCUGAGGCACUACACGAUGGUGGCAAUUGCUCAGCAAGCUGGACCUUUUCCCCUCGUAGGCCGACAAGCUUUCGCACGACAGGAUCCUUUAGUCAUCAUCGACGCAAUCAAGAUCGUGAUGGGUCACGAAAACAAGGAACUGAGCAAAUUUGGACACCUCGCCUUGUUGCUUAUUUUGGAGACUGCGACGACAAUUCUUGGAUCCAAAGAACGAGCAUGUCAGCUUCCUUUGAUGGAAUAUCUUGCAGAGAAGAUGACCUCCCUCUGCUACGAACGAGCCUGGUACACCAAACUUGGAGGCUGUGUGGCCAUCAAUUUCUUUUCGGAAAAGAUGUCUCUCAAAUGGAUUCUUAACCAUCUCAUCAACUUCGUCAAAGCUCUUAUUUUCGUCAUGAUGGAUUUAAGCGAGGAAAUAUCGAAUGGAGCAAUUGAUAUGGCCAAGACCAAUUUGGAAACAUUACUUCGGAUCUGCGCUAAUCCCGAGAUUGAGGAGAAAAACCCAGAGAUUCUGGAAACUCAGCAAAAAAGUCUUCGAGAAGCAACUCGGGAACUGAUGAGGCAAAUAACAUCUCCGCAUUCCAAUGUUCGAGAGGAAGCGAUCGCAUUACUUGGACUUCUUGCUGAAAUACGAGGAGAAACCUUGAUAAGUGUGAUGGAACCACACAAGGAUAUUUUAGCUGACAUGAUACCACCAAUAAAACACCGAUUAGUUGAUCAACCAGUGAACACGCAAAUUGGACUUAUGGAGGGAAAUACCUUUUGUCUGAACAUCAAUCCCAGUUUGUUUAGUGUCAACUUGGAGAUACCUGAGCAUAAAAUGUUCUAUCAGGAUCUUCUUUUUAUUAUAAUGUUCCCGGAUGAUCGUUUGCUCAGGAAACCUUGCUAUAAAUCUGUGACAGAUUUCACUCCUCUGAAGAAAUCCGCUAUUCGAGCUUUCGCUUCGUAUCAAAAUCUUUGUAAAUGUCGCGAUGACAUCUUCAAGGUUCUCUACACAGCUUUGGAUAAACCAAAUGAAAUUAGAGAGACUGCGUUCGAGUGCAUGAAGAAACUCAAUUCUGUUUUUCCAGUGAAGAAAGAACUCGUCGAUGCAAACGUGGAAUCAAUGAUUGAAAGUUUUAAAGAUCCUCGGAAUAUAAAGACAAAUUCCUUGAAACGUUUAGUUUACAUGUCAGAAAUUUUUCCAUAUGUUUUUAGCGGAAUGCUCUGUGAUCAAAUGUUUCAACAUUUAAAGGUAUUUCUGGAAAAUCUAGUUGAAGCGAAACAAGGCAUCUCGAAAUCUGGCGAGAUCGAGAUGAAUAUUGUGAUGAUUAUUGAAUUGCUGGAGAAGACACCCACAGCUUCUGCGAAAUGGAUCAGCCCGAUUUGUAAGACAGUUUUAGGGGCGGAGAAAAAGUUGAUGAUUGAAGCGUCUAGUCCUUUUCGUGUUCCUGUGAUGAGGUUUUUAUUGCGAUAUCCAUCAAAUAGUAUGGAAUUCUUUUUAAAGGAUAAUAUCCAGAUCGAUUCUUGUGGUAGGUUCUUGGAGUUUCUAUUGAAACAUGAAGAAGGAAAACCGUUUAGGGAUUGUAUUCAAGAAGACCCGGGGCAAUUGAGAGAAAUUCUUUUUGAGUUUUGCCGAUCUGAUAGUAACCAGAGUCUGGCCGACAAGAGUGAGCUUCGUUAUAGAGCAAUCAAGAUUCUAUCCAUUCUGAGAAAAUUCGAUAAUCAGUGGUUGCCUAUGCAGAAUGAUCUGAUUCUUAUAAUAAGACAAAUUUGGGAGGACGAUGACUACCAAACUUUGCACAGAAACCUCGAUUAUAUCGACACUAGGCAUUGGAAGGAACCGAAGCUCAUCGCCAAGAUACUGCUCCACUUCUUUAGUAAAAAUCCCAACGAUAUUGAUCUUCUUUUCCAACUUUUAAGGUCUUUCUCUGGUAGUUUUACAACAGAUUUCGAGUUUUUGAAGGAGUUUUUACAAAACACUGUUGCUCAGGAUUACACAGUCGAGUGGAAGAGAAACGUAUUCUUCAAGUUUGUGGAGUACUUUCCGAAGUACUUUAUCUCACAGGAGUUAAAGGCUUCGAUCUUGAAGUAUAUUCUUAUACCUUGCUUCGCAGCCAGCUUUGAAAAAGGAGACGGUACGAAACUGAUAGGAGGAUCUCCGACACCCUACGAAGAUAAUCCAAACAACGUUGUCUCGGUCUUCAUCAACCAAAUCAUCGCCACCGAGAACAACAGCAAAAUUGAAGACUCUUUGAGGAUUUACGUACUCCGAUUCGCCUGCCUUUUAGUAGAGAAGGCCUCGCAACAUAUUCAUGAAGUGACUAAUAAGACUCAAAGUCAAAAAGUACGUCGGUUAAUGUGUUUUGCUUGGCCCUGUCUUUCAACUGAGAAAUGUGUCGAUCCAGUGAGCAAGUACCAUGGUCACUUACUGCUAAGCCACAUCAUCGCCAAGUUUAGUAUUAGCGAGAAAAUUGUUGUACAAGUGUUUUACAGCCUUUUAAAGGCUUUUGCUGUUGAAGCAAGACUUGUUGUGAGGGAGGCUUUUGAAGUUUUAUUUCCGGCAUUAGCACAUAGGAUGAAGGAGGGAAGCACGGUGAUGCAUACAAAGAAUGUCAUCCUUGAAGACGGAUACACGUCAAACCACCUUUGCCAUAUCUUGACUACCAUCGUGACGAAUUACAAGGCUUACUAUCCAGAGAGACAUCAACUUAUUCACACCCUAGUCAAUUCAAUUUCCAAACUUGGUUCUGCUCUUUCGCUUGAACAAAGAACAAUAGCUGUCGACAUUUCGGAGACAAUUAUCAAAUGGGAGUUGGAGAGGGUCAAGAGUGAACCUGAAAAUUUCGAGGCAGAAGAAUAUGAGCCAGCGAAACGAUCGUCGAAUGAGAUUCUGGCGGGUACAAAACGCUUUGCAAUUCAAGGCGGAAACAUCUCUCCAAUUCCAAUCAAAAUUGAAGCAGCACCGAAAAUAAAACUAGACACGGUGAAUCGGAUCGACAGUCAUCAUGCUAAUGUGGUUCUCAAUUUCCUUUUUCAACUAUGCUGUGAGUUGAAUCCCACCAGCCCACAACAAGCCAAUCAGAUAGAUUUUCUUACAACGCGAUCUGUUAAUCUGUUAAAAUUAGCUUUAAAUCCAAAGAUCUGGUUUCAUCUUUGCAAUUUUAAGAUUUCUUGGCUCCAGAAAAUCUUUUCAAGUCUAGAAACAUCUCAGCCGAUUUAUCAGCCCAUAUGCAAAGCAUUAGAACUGCUGCUUACGUUGAUCGGUUUAAUGCAAAAAGAACAGGUUCUCUCAAUGUUUAGUGAUUUGGAAAAUGAAUUGGGUGCUUGCGUCUCAAGUAGCAACAUGAAAAUUCAGAAUCUCGUCUUUGCAUUGUUCUCCAAAUUGAUGAAGAUCUUCCCACCGGAACCCUUUUUUUCUACUGUUGCUUGUCAGCACCAAGAACUGGAUUCGCUUUAUCAGUCCAUAGCUAAGCUCAUACGAGAUGGGCUCUCAAAUUAUGAAAAGGACGUAAACGCUACUUUUAGUUCCUUGUCCAAUUCUCUUACGCUGUUGAAUGCUUCAUGUACAAGUAAUCAAAAUUACAUCGAUGGAUUGAUGAGUCUCUUUAUGAAAGUUGUCUACAAAAUAACAGUCAUCCAUACGAAUUCCAGGCAAAAUCAAAUUGAUAGUACGGGCAGCGAUCUCUUGAUCUUGUCUCUUAAUCUCUUGAAGAAUAAAAUUGGAGUGAUGGAUGUGGAAGACAGGAAAACGUUUGUGAAUACAAUUCUUGUUGCUCUAAUUGGCCGCUCACAAGAUCUCAAAGUCAUGAAAGCAAUUGUGACAAUUCUCGAGGAAUGGAUUAGGAACAAAGAUCCUGUGAUGAUGAGCCAGCAUCCAUGUUUGCGAGAAAAGUCGCUCCUCCUCUUUAAGAUGAUGCAAAACAUCGAACUCCGGUUUCCUAGUGAUUUAGAACUUGUGUCUCCUUUUUUGGAUAUUAUACUUUUCAUCUAUAAAGACAAGAGCCUCAAUACAACCGAGCUGACCAUGAAAUUGCAGCCGGCAUUUUUAAGUGGUUUGCGCUCAAUAGAUCCCCAGAUCAGAAUCAAGUUCUUUGACGUAUUCAACGGAUCUAUGGAACAUCAACUGCUCGAUAGGCUUUUCUACAUCGUUUGUAGUCAAGGUUGGGACAUGAUUGGUCGACACUACUGGAUUAAACAGUGCAUUGAACUGCUGAUGGUCACAGCGAGUCAUACGUCUCAAAUUCAGUUGACCGACGAGGAUAUUGUUCUGCCAAGUAUUAAAAGUCUGAUGAAUUUGACAGAGGAGCCUAAUAAUUGUUUCAUGGAUACAUUUAUGAAUGAAGAACCCGAGAAGGAGGAAAAGGAUACGAAAGACUUGGAUUUAGAUUUUAAAUUGGAUUCUGAAGGAAAUAUCGCUGGACGAUUGACGCUAACUGACUUGGUUACUAAACAUUGUCAGUUUCUCGAUAGGAUAAAAAGUAUUCGUACUCUCGAGUUCUUGACUGCAACAUGCCAUCUUUGUCAUGUAGAUACAAACCUUGCAGAGCAAGUUUGGUUAGAUACGUUCCCUAAACUUUGGGAUAUUUUGAGUGAAGAGGAACAGCUUAAUUUGACUGAAGAGGUGGUGCCAUUUGUGUGUAGUGGUUCACACCUAAUGCAGAAGGAUUGUCAGCCGAGUGCAGUUGCUACCUUCCUUGAAGCUUUGUCUAGGUGCAAUCCUCCAAUCCCGAUGAAACCAGCAAUCAUGAAGUACUUGGGAAAGUCGCAUAACAUUUGGCAUCGCAUGACUCUGGGGUUGGAACACAUGAUCUUGGAGUCCAAGCCGCAGGAGUUCGAUUGUUAUGAUUUUGAGCCAGUAGAUAAUCCAAACAAUGAAAUUCUUGACGCUCUUGGUGACAUGUAUUCUUUAUUAACAGAAGAUGACAUGUGGUCCGGACUCUGGCAGAAGCAUGCUCAUUAUAAAGAGACCAAGCAGGCUAUUGCCCUCGAACAACAGGGAUUUUUCGAGCAAGCUCAAGUUGCCUAUGACUUGGCGAUGACAAGGUUUAAAACUGAUUUUGUUACCAGCUCAGCUCCUGUCAAUAUACAAAAAGAAGUGCUUCUUUGGGAGGAGCAUUGGAUUCGUUGUGCCAAGGAACUCGGUCAGUGGGAUUUGCUUUCACAAUACAGCAAGACGACAGCCUCGAAAGAUCCGUUCCUAAUUCUCGAUAGUUCCUGGAGACUCUCGGAUUGGAACUUGAUGCAAGAGUCGUUGGAGCAAGUAAAACAGAAAGCACCCAAGGAGAUGAGUUGGAAAAUCAACCUCUAUAAAGGUUUUCUAGCGAUACAUUGCACUGAAAAUCAGAAUCUGAUUGGUGUUAAAAAAUGCGUGGAGAUGGCUUCAGUUUCGUGCAUUCGUGAAUGGAGAAGACUUCCUCACAUAGUUAGCCAAUGUCAUCUGCCAAUUUUGCAAGCCACGCAGAAAAUAAUUGAACUCCAGGAGGCCAUGGAAGUCCAGCAAACAUUACUUCUUGGAAAGGAGAAAUCCUUUCUGCCUCUAAAGUCGAUCGUCAAGACCUGGAAAAAUAGGUUUCCCUCGAUCGCUGACGACCUUCUUCAUUGGUCGAAUAUAUUUGCCUGGAGAGAGCUACACUACAAAUCGGUUAUCAAUUUCUUCGACUCGCAGCCCGACGAGGCCAGAAAUCUCUCGAAGCACUUUGUUCACGCCUGGGCACAUACGACCAAUAUGUUCGGGAGAGUCGCCAGAAAACAUAAUCUCAGCAGCGUGUGUCUCGAUUCGUUGACCAAAAUUCAUGGGGUCGAAAGUGUGACAAUAGUGGACUGUUAUCAGAAGAUCAAGCAGCAGGUUAAAUGCUACUUACAAAUGGCUUCGAUCAGAGGUAACAACGAUUUAAAGAACGCAUUGAACUGCAUCGAGUCUACUGAAAUAGGAUAUUUUAAGAAAGGGAUGAAUUCGGAGUUGUUUGCACUAAAAGGGAAACUGUUUUCCCUCAUGGGCGACUCUGAUGAAGCCAACAAGGCAUUUUCGGCUUCGGUUCAAAUGAACGAAAACAGUGUCAAGGCCUGGGCUCUCUGGGGCGAUUAUCUGGAGCAAGUGUUCAUUGGAGAACCAAGCCAGAUUGCGAUUGGAGUCUCGGCCAUCACCUGCUUUCUGAAGGCUAGCAAACACCACAACGAAUCAAAGUCAAGGAAAUAUAUUGCAAAGGUCCUCUGGCUACUCAAUUAUGAUGAUGAGAAUAAAUCGUUGCUUCAACAAGUCGACAAAUCUGUCUGUGAGGUUCAUCCAAUUCACUGGCUGCCCUGGAUCCCGCAGAUCUUGAUGUGGCUUGUGCAUGUCGAGGGAGAGGUGAUAGUAAAUCUCUUGAACGUGAUUGGGAGGAUGUAUCCUCAGGCUGUCUACUUUCCAAUAAGGACACUUUACGUGACUUUAAAGGCGGGGAAAAUUCAAGGUGUAGUUGAAAGUCAAGUGGGAAAGUUGCAGCAACAAGCAAUUAGGAUUGAAGCAUCGAAGCCAAUGGUGAGGUGUUCGACGAUUAUGAAAAAACUGAGGGAAAUUCAUCCGACGAUCAUCUCGAGUUUGGAGGCAAUUGUUGAUCAAGUGACGAGGCUUCGAGAACCUUGGCAUGGUGAAGUUUUGAGACACUUGAGACAAAUCUUGACCAAGUGUUAUGCCGUUAUCUUUGAGAAUCAAGACACGCUCAACACAACUGACGUGAGAAUCACAUCGCACAUUCUCUACAUUAUCAAGAAACUCGUCGCAACGUUUGGCCUUGGCAUGGAGAACAUCUCUUCUCAAAAUGAGAAUCGCUCAGCGACUUCCGAGGCUUUGGCAAGGAGGAUACAGGUCACUUGUCAGGAUCCGGUUUUUCAGAAGAUGAAGAGCGAAUUUGCCCAGGAUUUCGAUUUGAAUAAAGAGCAAACAGCUCUAGUCUGUCAUCUGAUUCCAACUUUAAAAAAGUGGAUCAAGAUUCUGGAGGACAAGGCCAAAAUUUCACCUAGGUCGUUUCUACUUGAGGAAAAGUGCAGAUUCUUGAGACAUUUUAGUCUACAAACAGCGGAUAUCGUAAUGCCUGGAGGAUAUCUCUUACCAAAGUACUUUAAUUACCAUGUGAAGAUUUCAAAGUUCCUACCACGGGUAGAAAUCGUUCAACGGCACAAUUCGACAGUGCACAGACUCAGAAUUCUAGGAGACAAUGGUCUCAUCUAUCCUUAUCUGAUUGUGAUGAAUGAUGGCUCGGGAGAUGCCAGACGAGAUGAGCGGGUCCUUCAGCUCAUGAGGAUGUUGAAUCUGAUUUUGAAGAAACAGAAGGAGACGGCUCGUCGCCUCCUUCAAUUCACAAUUCCGAAAGUCAUUUCCUUGAACUCUCAAAUGCAGCUCGUGGAAGACAAUCCUUCCGCCAUUUCUCUGAUGGACAUUUACAAGGAGAGUUGCGAAAAGAGGGGCGUUUUGGAUGAUGCUGCUAUCGCAUUAUAUUACGAGAGAUUAGAUAAUCUGAAAGCCAGGGGCAUUAAACUCAGUCAUCAAGUACUGAGGAAAAUCUACACCGAGGUACAAACGAAGAUUGUUCCGAAGACGAUUAUCAGGGACUGGGCUCUCAAGACAUUUCCGGGAGCGACAGAAUACUGGACUUUUCGAAAAAUGUUUACUUUGCAAGUCUCAUUAGCUUGUUUCGCGGAAUAUGCCCUACACUUGACAAGACUGAACCCGGACAUGAUUUAUCUUCAUCGAGAUUCCGGUUUGAUGAAUGUGGCUUACUACAAAUUUGAUCUCGACAAAACGUCGGGACAACUGAUCUCAAAUAGGCCCGUUCCGUUCCGGUUGACGCCCAAUAUUUUGGAACUUGUCUCAGAUAUUGGUGUUUUAGGCCCUUUGACCGCAAGUGCGAUUGCAACAGCCCGUUGUUUAGUUCAACCCUCCUAUCAAAUCGAAGCUACUCUGCGGGCAAUUCUUCGGGACGAGAUCGUCGACGACCGGAGCAAAAAGUUCCGAAUUGAAAACGCGGUUAAACCGGAAGUCGAGAAAAGGCAAAAAGUGAUCACGAACGUGACUAGCGCGGUCGCUUCGGUUUCUAAGAGGCUGAACUCUUUAGCUUAUUUCGAUGGGAACGAUAGCAGAGUGAAAAAUCUUUUUGCCACUUCGACCAAUCCUGACAAUCUUUGCCAAAUGGAUCCGACCUGGCAUCCCUGGCUGUAAAACCUAAACUAAACGGUAAUUUAUCAAAUUGAUAUGAUUUACUCAAGCGAUUCUGUAAUAGAAAUUCCAAGACUUUAUAAGCGCCAAAGACGAUACUUUUUUAAUGAGAUGGGAAUUGCUCGGUGCUUUAGAAUUAAUUAUUAAUUGAUUAAUUAUCAAUAAAAAGCGUUUAUUAGGUCAAUUGUUGUAAAUAGGAAAUGCAGUUUUAUGCUUGACUCAUGCGCUGUAUACAAUGUACAAAAAAAUAAUCUUAAGAUACUCAGGAAGAAUGUGUCUCAGGGAAGAUAAAAGGUAAGACGUGAUGUUUUUAUUUCUUCACGCGACAAGAGUAUUAUUAGCGAAUAUUUAUUUAUCUAUAGUCACCGGUUAUUGGAUUUUACGAUGAAUAAGUUUAAGGAAACUUAUUUUUAUUUACCUAUAAUUUUUAUAGAUUUUCAUGUUUACUUUGUACAACUCGAUGUAGAGUAAAAAACAGUGAAAUUAUAUUCUGUGGCGAUUGUCAUUUUACUGGAUUGUAGUAAUUUUGUACAGAUUGUUUUAAAAUUUAAUUGUAAGAAUAAAGCUAAUGUAAAAUUGUACAUACAAUUUAAA